CACCCUUCAAUCCCUCUCUCUUAAAAAUAAUGACGUUUGUGAACAACAUAUCGCAAGAGAUUAUUACGCGAGUGUAGACUUGGUGUGUGAAUGUGUGAAAUAUACACGAGGAGACAUAAAUUUAAAAUAACACAAAAUGUGCAGUCGAAUUGCAUCUCUAGUUCGGUGCAUCAGUACUGUAAAUAAGCAAAAUAAAAUGAAAUAUAUUUUAGUUACGGGGGGCGUGAUUAGUGGUGUUGGGAAAGGGAUUAUAUCCAGUUCGCUGGGAACGUUGCUGAACAGCUGUGACAUUCCAGUCACGUCUAUAAAGAUUGAUCCGUACAUAAACAUUGACGCUGGAACGUUUUCACCGUAUGAACACGGUGAAGUGUUUGUCCUAGACGAUGGGGGUGAAGUGGAUUUGGAUCUCGGUAACUAUGAGCGCUUCCUGGACAUCAAACUGCACAGUGACAAUAAUAUAACGACUGGAAAAAUCUAUCGACAAGUGAUCGAAAGGGAGCGACGUGGCGAUUUCUUAGGCAAAACAGUUCAAGUCAUCCCACACAUAACCAAUGCCAUUCAGGAAUGGGUUGAACGUGUCGCAGCAAGACCUGUUAGGAAUAACAUCACUCCACAAGUUUGUAUAGUUGAGCUGGGAGGGACAAUUGGUGACAUCGAAGGAAUGCCGUUCGUUGAGGCCUUCCGCCAACUUCAGUACCGAAUCGGUCGGGAAAAUAUUUGUUGCGUUCAUGUGUCGUUGAUACCUACGCCUCGGUCAACAGGCGAACCGAAAACGAAACCGACACAAGCGAGCGUACGCGAGGUACGACGUUUAGGCUUAACACCGGAUUUGAUCGUAUGCAGAUCAGAGAAAGAGGUCAACGAUGGCGUCAAAGAGAAAAUUAGUCUUCACUGCGAUGUGGCCACGGAGCAAGUGAUUUGCAUUCCCGAUCUGUCGUCCAUUUACCAUGUGCCGCUGAUUAUGGACGAGCACAACAUUAUCGAUUUUUUGAAAGAUCGACUUAAGCUGGACAUCAAAUCUCCGAGACCGGUAAAGUACCUACAGCAAUGGCGAGAUCUAGCCAAGAAGAUGGACAAAAUAACGCGCGAAGUUAACAUAUCGUUGGUGGGAAAGUACACCAAGCUGGAAGAUUCGUAUACUUCAGUGACAAAGUCUCUACAACAUGCAGCUACUUCGGUCGACUACAAAUUGAAUUUGAAGUUCGUUGACGCAUCGCAUUUGGAGGAGAGCACUAAAAUCGAGGACGAAGUGAAAUAUUACGAAGCUUGGCGAUCUCUGUGCCUUAGUGAUGGUGUAAUUGUACCAGGCGGUUUCGGGUCUCGUGGUAUGACUGGAAAAAUAUUGGCCGCCAAAUGGUGUCGUGAGCGUCGUAAACCGUAUUUGGGGAUUUGUCUUGGCUUGCAAGCAUCGGUCAUUGAAUUUGCACGAAAUGUUUUGAAGUUGCAGGACGCAAAUACAACCGAAAUCGAUCCAAAUACCAAACACAAACUGGUCAUCGACAUGCCUGAAUUUACGCCUGAAGAGAAAGGGGGAACGAUGCGUCUCGGAGCUAGAACGAGCGUUUUUCGAGAGAAUGACAACAGUGUCAUCAGACAACUGUAUGGAAAUCAGAGUACAAUCAUCGAACGUCAUCGGCAUCGAUACGAAGUGAAUCCAGAUUACGUUGAGCAACUAGAACAAAAUGGUUUGAAAUUCGUAGCAACCGAUGUUGAAGGCAAACGCAUGGAAAUCGCUCAAUUGGACAAUCACCCGUUCUAUGUGGCCGUGCAAUUCCAUCCUGAAUAUUUGUCGAGACCGUUAAAACCGUCUCCUCCAUUCUUGGGUUUGAUAUUGGCUUCCGUUAACAAAUUGGACAGGUUCUUAGAUCAUGGUUGUCGUCUGUCACCGAGGGAUAUGAGUGAUGUUUCAGAAGACGAGGCAGAUGCUUCAUAUCACGGAUUGCAGCAAUUGCAUCGAAAUUGUCAAGUGAACGACAAUUGCAAUGGUAUUCACAGUUCGGAUAAUUCUGAACGAAUAUCCAAAUAAAUGGAAAGGAGAAGUCCUGGAACUAGAUGGUGGUGUUACUUGGCCGAAUGCCUUCCCUUCCUUAACCGAGUUAUUUACUCCGACCAAAAGUUGUUAUACCAAAGACAUUGUUAGUCGUUACGUAGCUCCUAAUAAACGUUUUUAUGAACGACCUCGUGAACGACAUAAUUGCGAUUGAGAGUGAUAUCGCCAAAUC